UGCGCCCGGGGCCCCAUGGAGCUGCGGUUCAGCAACGCCAGCUGCGUGAACGGUUCCCUGAUCAGCUUCUACUGCUCCUCACAAGAAGUCCUGUGUCAGAUCAUCGGUGGCCUCAGCCCUGAGCCACCCAAAAAUGCCACCCUUAUCAGCUGGCAGGAGAGGAUCAGGAAGAGCUAUGGCUUCUACAUUGGUGUGGGCCUGGCCUUACUGUCCUGUUUCCUCAUCGGCAGCAGUGUCAUCCUCAAGAAGAAAGGCCUCAUACGCCUUGUUGCCACUGGGGCCACUCGAGCUGUGGAUGGAGGAUAUGGCUACUUGAAGGACCCCAUGUGGUGGGCUGGAUUUGCCACCAUGGCUGCUGGAGAAGUCGCCAACUUCGGUGCCUAUGCAUUUGCACCUGCGACAGUCAUCACACCUCUGGGAGUGUUGAGCGUCCUCAUAAGUGUGGUCUUCUCCUCAUAUUUCCUGGGAGAAAGUCUGAAUCUGCUGGGGAAGCUGGGUUGUGUGAUCUGCAUGGCCGGCACCACAGUGAUGGUGAUUCAUGCCCCCAAGGAAGAGAAGGUCACCACCAUCAUGGAGAUGGCUUCCAAAAUGAAGGACACAGGGUUCAUCGUGUUCACUGUGUUUCUGCUGGUGUCCUGUCUCCUUCUCAUCUUCAUCGUUGCCCCACGUUACGGACAAAGGAAUAUCCUUGUUUAUAUCAUCAUCUGCUCUGUGAUGGGGUCCUUCUCUGUGAUUGCCGUCAAGGGCCUGGGCAUCACCAUUAGAAACUUCUUCCAGGGGUUGCCAGUCGUGCGGCACCCCCUCCCCUAUGUCCUGUCUCUCAUUUUGGCACUUUGCAUCAGCACUCAGGUCAACUUCCUCAACAGAGCACUGGACAUUUUUAACACCUCCCUAGUGUUCCCCAUCUACUACGUGAUCUUCACCACAGUGGUUGUCAUCUCCUCCAUCAUCCUGUUCAAGGAGUGGUACUCCAUGUCUGCCGUGGACAUUGUGGGCACCCUCUCUGGUUUUGUCACUGUCCUCUUGGGUGUGUUCAUGCUUCAUGCUUUCAAAGACUUGGAUAUCAGCCGGACUUGCUUGCCCCACACGCACAAAAACCCAGCCCCACCUCCCGCCCCAGAGCCCACUGUCAUCAGACUGGAAGACAAGAAUGUCCUUGUGGACAAUAUAGAACUUUCUAGUAACAUGCCAUCCCCAGAACAGAAGCCCAAAGUAUUUACAAUCCGUUCUUGAAGCUUGGGACACAAGGUAAGAAGAGGAACCCAAUGGGCCUGCCUGAUUUCUCUAUUUUAAAACCACCUGGUUGUUUUCAGCACAAUUGUUGCCAGUAGGCUGUCUUUCUUGAGAUGUUGUCUUAUACCUCAUUGCUGUUUCUAGAAAAAUCCCUACCCGAUGAGUGGUGGUGGCAGGAUUUCUUGGAAACACAGCCUCCAUGACCAAAUACCCUAGUUUCUGUUGGAGCCAGCAGGUCCUCUGGACCAACCUUCCCACUGGUUCCUCUUGGUGCCAUCUCUAUAUUGUUGGGAAGAAGAUAGAAUUUGACCCGUUGAAUGUAACAAAGUCUAACAAUUUUGGUCAUCAGGAAAUCUUUCGCUCCAAUUCCCCUACUGAGUCUGGAUCUCCAUUCCUAAGCCCAAGAAUGGAAGAAAGUUGGAUCUCAGAGGCCCAGAGAGGAAUCUGUCAGCCUCCCCAUCCCAAGAGACAUGAGUAUGCACAGUCAGUGUCUUGGAGACAGAAGCAAGACCUCAGCUGACCUUACUGUGAAAGCCACCUGAUGUUUCAGGAAGUUCAUUCAGCCCAUUUUCCAUGUGCUCUAACCUCAUGGUCAGCAUCUUGGUGUAUAUCCAUCCUGCCAUUCCUCCCUCUUUCCAUCUCAGGGCAUUAGUCACUAAGACGUGUGGGUCAUAUCUUAGGACUCAAUGACAACAGGAGAUGCCUCCCAUCCUGGCUCUGCUGACCAAAGCCCAUGUCAUUGCACUUCCUCUGGAAAGGGAACAACAAUUGCACUGCCCUCAAAAGCGGUCCAGCUGUCAAGCUGGAUUUAUUAGAAAGCACCUUCCUUUGCUUCAAGGAAUUCAUCAAAAUAAGAUUCGGGAGAAGCGUGGGGAGUAGGAUGAAGGCAUGGCAGAAGUUACAGGUUAACUUUUGGGCUUACUCCUAGGCCAAAAUGGUGCUGGAUAAUAUCUGGGCUGCUGUCUGAGGGGCUUGGCCAGUGGGAUCGACUUUAAAUUUCAGUGGCCCAAUUGGGGUGGAGGCUUGGCAUGGUGUGCAUCCUGACUGUUAGCGUAUUGUCACUGAGUCCCCAACUCCACUGAUGAGCUGCCCACACUGGAGUUGGCACACUGUGACAGCUCCAAUGCUACCUACCAUGGUACUGCUUUGGGUCCC